AGGAAGCGAGAGAGAAGAAGAAAGAGAAACCAGGGGGCGAGGCGCCGUCCAAUGACAAAGCCCAGGGGUGGGCGCCGGCAGCCAUCUUGUACCGGGUGGCAGGAUCUUCACCCGCGUCCUCCGCCCUCAGAGGGGGUGGGGCGGCGGCAGCCGAGGCGAGAAAAGUAGCGAGAGAGGCACCGGGCGAAAGGUGCUUGCAGCGGCCGCCGCCGCGGAGCCGGACGCAGGAGGGGGCGGCGGCGGCGGCGGCGGAGGAACCCAGAGAGCGCGGGCGGCCCCGAGCGGCCUCCUAUGCGGCGCUACGUGAAGAGGCGGCGGCCCCAGGCGGCCCCGGCCUCGGUCUUCCGGGGCGGCGGCUUUAGGGCAGGAGAUGGGGCCGAGCUGGAGGCGCUGGAGGACAAGGUGGUGUAUUCCCGCUCGCAGCUGUCGCUGGCAGACACCACUAAGGCGCUGGGCGAUGCUUUCAAGCUCUUCAUGCCCCGCAGCACGCAGUUCAUGAGCUCGGACGCGGAGCUCUGGAGCUUCCUCUGCAGCCUCAAGCACCAGUUCUCCCCGCACAUCCUACGCAGCAAGGACGUUUACGGUUACUCCUCUUGCCGGGCACUAGUCCCUGACCCCCCAGGACCCCCAGCCGUCCACGGUCAGCCACGCAGGCCCGGCAGGGGCUGGGCGGCCAGGAGGAGGCGCCGCAGAGCCCGGGGGGCCGCUGCCCACAGAAAGAAAUCGUCUCUGCCACCGCCGCCUGCCCCCGAGGAGAGCUGCGCUGCAGAGCCUGAGGCCCUUGGCCCUUGCUUCGGGGGCCGCACCCUAGAGGAGAUCUGGAGGGCUGCCACCCCGACGCUGACCACCUUCCCCACCAUCCGCGUCGGCUGCGACGUGUGGGGCGAGCGCAGCCUGGCGGCGGCACGGCGCCGAGCACACCAAGUCCUGCGAGUGAACCUGGAACCCGUGGUGAGGCUUCGCCGCUUCCCGGUGCCUCGGGCAUGAAAUGCAGCCCUGUGGACCCUCGGACGGAGCUCCCGCCUGGAGGGAUGAACAAGUGUCAGUCGAGUGUUUACAGAUCCGGCCAGGACUCGGUCCCCUAGUGCACUUUACGAGCGUAGAAGUCACCGGAUGGUGUUCCCGGCUCUGCGCCCUGGACCUGCGCUGCCGUCUGGGACCCCGGGGCAGGUGUGCCCUCUCCUGCCUUCCAGCACUGGACCCGCAAGACAGGCCCCUUUUCUUCCUAACCCCAGAUUGAGACGUCUCCAGGACUGUAGGGGCAGAUCCAUUCUCUCCCUUUUGGACUCUACCUCACUGGUCUGGAAGCCCUCCGAAGAAGUCACUAUUUUUCCAAAGGAAUUUGGUUUCGUGCUUGUGUAAUAAGCCAGAAUUCACUUGCUUUUUAUACUUCUCCUCCCUGGUACCCGUUUUCUCCCCUCCCCCCCUUUUUUCCCUUUUGGACUACCACCCCUCUUUCUGGACGAAAGAUCAAACAUGUUUUGUGGUGUUGCAGUAGUUUGUGCUCAGGGUAUUCUGAAUCUCACUCGUUUCCUAACGUGAACUGGAUUCCAGUGCUUUUGACCAGGGAUGUUUUCUAAGCGAUUCAAGCUUAUGACUGUCAAGGAUUUGUAUGGCUUUGAACUUCAUAGGCUCAGUGAUUGCAAACAAAGAGAUGCAAAAUACAACUGUUUUAAAUAUUUUAAGGUGUUUCUAGAUAUUUUAUAUUGAAAUUUAAAGUUUCUAUUUGCUGAGCUCCUAAAGAAAAUGGUAAACAAAACUCAUAUAAAGUUUUGUUUAGGACGAGUUGAGUUGUUAAACUUUUAAAAAUUGAAUGAAAAUUAAAGUACAUUGAAACCACAUGACUUGUGCUUAAAAGAAAUGAAUACAUUAUUAAAAAACUGGCGUUGGUUAAAGAGAUGGAUGGAAUCUGAUUGGAAAUGAUAUGGCCUCGUUGACUGAUCUAACAUACAAAUCCAGGAAUAUUUCAAGAAUAAUUUAUUUUAAAAUGGGAGUCCAAUAAGAGAAACGAACGUGUAUAAAUUUUGUGAUUAAAAUGAUAAACAGAAUACCCACUAGAAUCCUCAGAACUGUAAAUGAUCUAGAGGGGUGGGGGCAUUUCUUGGUAUAAAUAACUUGUUGGAAGUUUCUUUGGGUGAAAUAGAUUUAUUUUUCCUUCUUAUUUGACUUUGUUGUUGGAUAACAAGAAAUGUCCAUACUAAUAUCACCACUUCUAUAAACAUCAUGACAGUUGACAUUUUUUGUUCCACCAGUUGCCUUUUUUAUCUUAUUUCCAUUUCAGUUUAUGUUUGCAGUUAUGGGUCUUUGACAGCUAAAGACCACAGGAAUCAAAUAGGCAAGCCACACAGAGUUCUAACCCUUCUUUUUACACAUUUGUAAUAGUGUUUAUAUCAUAUGGCCCAGUGUGUAACUCUUGAUUAUCCAAGUGCCUUUGGUCAUUGUUGGCAGCAAGACUUAAUGGUGUUUAGUCAGUGGUGCCACAGCCAGAUUUUACUGCAAUAUCUAAAGGGUCAAGUUUUUGUACCACUAUUAUUUCAAAUUUAAGUAUUCUGCCAUGGAGCAAUCUGUACUGGGCUGGAACUCGACAUAUGGAAUACCCAAUAUUAAGGUUUAUCUCUGCUUGGCAGCUUCUUUGGAGAAUAAUGAAAGCUGCAAUUUUGACUCUUGUGUUCUUAGAAUUUAAACAGCAUAGCUUUCUGAAAUGAUUUUUUUCCAAGUUGCAUAGUUUGCUGUAGGAGCCUUGUGACUUUACUUUCAGUGUUUUUGUUUUGUUAAAAACAUUUUUUUAAAGAU